CCGAAUCAGAGAUCCAUAGCAUUUCCGAUUGAUCGCUUACAGACACAGUGACAGAAUCCAGUUCCCUCACUUCCUCCUCAAUCCAUUGCACUUUUACAUUACUCUUUCCCAGGAAUCCCCUUUUCAGGUGGAAUAGAGGUACUCGGAAUCCAUUUCUGUAAAAAGGGUCUUCUAAUCCAUCAGUUGGGAAAGCGAAAAGUUGCGAUCUUGUCUUCUUCCUGGUUUUGCUUCGUUGUCUGACUGUGAUCGGAUCCAUGGAGUUAUGCUCUCCUUUGACCGUCAGAUAGCAAACUAGUUCGCCACUCACCAGGCUGCUUAGCGGAUUAAACGAGAGUUUAGUGGCUUCGUGGAUACUGUAAUGCAAUCAGCUGAUGAGAGUGAGAACAAGAAGUUGAAGCGAUCAAACGAUAUGCCUGUAACUGAGAGUACCAAUCCACAAAACAUGGACGACUCUAUCUUCUUUCCGGUGGAAGAGAUUGUUCAAUCGCCUUUGCCUGGAUAUGUUGCACCAAGUGCGAUCAGCUUUAGUCCGGAUGAUUCAUUGAUAACUUUCUUGUUUAGUCCUGAUCAUUCUCUCAAUAGAAAUGUCUUUACUUUGGAUCUCAAGACUGGUAAGCAGGAAUUGCUGUUUCGUCCCCCUGAUGGCGGACUUGAUGAGAGCAGCAUUUCACCAGAAGAAAAAUUGAGAAGGGAGCGUUCGAGGGAGAGAGGUCUUGGAGUGACUCGGUAUGAGUGGGCCAAGUCUAGCUCGAAGAAGAAGAAGAUUAUGGUGCCAUUGCCUGCUGGGAUUUAUUUCCAAGAAUUUUCUUCUUCGAAGCCUCAACUGAAGCUUCCAAGCUCACCAACUUCUCCCAUCAUUGAUCCUCAUCUCUCUCCAGAUGGUUCCAUAUUAGCUUACGUUAGAGAUAGUGAGCUACAUGUUCUAAAUCUCUUGCAUAAUGAAUCUAUACAGCUAACUUCUGAUUCCAAGGGCCAUCAAGUGUCUGUUGAGAUUCUUUUUAUUGUUGAACUGACGUUUCUAUGUUUUCUUCAGACUAAUGCUCUUGCAGAAUAUAUUGCCCAGGAGGAAAUGGACAGGAAAAAUGGAUACUGGUGGUCCCUUGAUAGCAAAUUCAUCGCGUUCACUCAGGUCGAUUCAUCUGAGAUACCUCUUUUUAGAAUUAUGCACCAAGGGAAAAGUGCUGUUGGUUCUUCAGAGGCAGAGGAAGACCAUGCUUAUCCCUUUGUAGGUGCUUCAAAUGUGAAAGUUCGUCUUGGGGUAGUUUCUGUUGCUGGUGGUCCCAUCACUUGGAUGGAUCUUCUAUGCGGUGGAACAGAUAAUGAGGAAUAUUUGGCCAGGGUGAAUUGGAUGCAUGGAAAUGUUCUCGUAGCUCAGGUUUUGAACAGGUCACACACAAAACUAAAGAUCCUGAAGUUUGAAAUCAGGACAGGGAAAAGAGAAGUGAUUUUAGUGGAAGAACAAGAACCCUGGAUCAAUUUACACGACUGCUUCACUCCCCUGGACAAGGGUCUCAAUCAAUACUCCGGAGGUUUCUUAUGGGCUAGUGAGAAAACCGGUUUCAAACACCUUUAUCUGCAUGACGAAACUGGAACAUGCUUGGGACCAAUCACAGAAGGCCAAUGGAUGGUUGAGCAACUUGCUGGUGUUGAUGAGGCUGCAGGUUUCAUAUAUUUUACAGCAACCCUAGAUAGUCCUCUGGAAUCGAAUCUUUAUCGUGCUAAAUUGUACCCGGAUCAUGGCACCAGAAUCUCAGAGGGUCCUUUGAGAUUAACCCAUGGUAAGGGGAAACAUGUGGUUGUUCUUGAUCACCAUAUGAGGAAUUUUAUUGAUGUUCAUGAUUCCAUUGAUUCUCCACCUAGGGUUCUACUUUGUUCCUUGCUGGAUGGAAGUUUGAUAGCACCUCUUUAUGAACAGUCAGUCGCCAUUCCAAGAUUAAAGAAGCUUGAAUUCGAUCAUCCAGAGAUCGUUCAGAUUCAGACAAAUGACGGGACUUUAUUAUAUGGGGCUUUGUAUAAGCCUGACCCAGUGAAAUUUGGACCGCCACCAUACAGAACUGUAAUUAGUGUGUACGGUGGUCCUGGUGUGCAGUGUGUCUAUGAUUCUUGGAUAAAUACAGUUGAUAUGAGAGCACAAUACUUUCGGAGUAAAGGCAUCCUAGUGUGGAAGUUGGAUAACAGAGGAAGCGCUCGACGAGGGCUCAAGUUUGAAGGCGCUCUCAAAUGCAAUGCUGGAAAAGUUGAUGCAGACGAUCAACUAACAGGAGCUGAGUGGCUCAUCAAACAAGGGCUAGCACAAGCUGGCCAUAUCGGGUUGUAUGGAUGGAGCUAUGGAGGUUACAUGUCGGCUAUGAUCUUGGCCAGGUUUCCCGACACUUUCUGCUGCGCUGUUGCAGGUGCUCCUGUAACCUCGUGGGAUGGUUACGACACAUUUUACACAGAGAAGUACAUGGGGUUGCCUCUGGAAAACCCUAGAGCCUAUGAAUAUGGCUCGGUGAUGCAUCACGUUUACAACCUGAAAGGAAAGUUGUUGUUGGUGCAUGGGAUGAUCGACGAGAACGUUCAUUUCAGGCACACGGCGAGGCUGGUGAAUGGGUUAAUAGAAGCAGGGAAACCUUAUGAACUGUUGAUAUUCCCGGAUGAAAGACACAUGCCGAGAAGACACAAGGACCGUGUGUACAUGGAGAAUAGAAUCUGGGAAUUCAUGGAGAGGUGUCUGUAACAUUACUUAUCGCCUGCAACCUGUUUAUAGCUGAGUGGUGUUGUAAGGUCAGUAAAGGAGUUGCUAAAUUGCUCACAUGUAUUAACAUUUCUCUCUUUGAUCAUACCUCUUACUGUUGUUGCUGCCUGAUCUGGAGUGAAUUUACUCGAUUGCUGAAGGUAGCAGACACUCAGGAACAGCUUGCAAGACCGUUCCAUGUAGUAUGUUGUUCACUGGCUUUUCUGGGUAUUUGUUUUCAAGUACCCCUUUGUUAUUGUUGACUUGUUGUACCAAUUUCAGUAUUUGGAGCAAGAAACCAAUUUUUCUUUGUGUUGUUGUGGUGCCCAAAAGACAACUAUGAUAGUUGCUGCAGUAAAAUUUAAUCCAAGGGUUUUCACUGUCAUGGAA